AUGCCGCCCAAGAGGGCGCGAUCCAGUCCGUCCGUCCCGGAGGCCCGUGAACGCCUGACCCUGGCGAAACUCGCCAGUUACGACGACGUCGCGACGGAUGCGCUGGUCGAUCAUGCUUACUUUUGGACCAAUAUUCGCAAGAACCGCAACAAGUACACCUCCGCUCGCGGCAUUCACGACGACGAAGUGGGUGGCAUUCUCCUUCACGAUGUCGUUGUCGCCAAGGACAUCGCCGGGGCCGAGCGCAAACUGUUGGAGUUGCCAGGAUUGAGGAAAUACUCAGCCAAUCUUCCUAGCCCUCGCGAGAAGGAGUGGUUUCGCCGUCAUUUGCGCAAAUAUAUCCAGAUGUACCACCCGGACUCCCCGUUCGAAGUCACCACCACCAACCGCUAUCUCAUCACUCAGGCGGAGGCUGCCCUGUGCGCCCGCAAGUUCAUCAAGGCCGGCCAGGAGAUUAGGUACCUCAGUGGUACCCUCGUCUCCAUGACAAAGGAGGAAGAGACCGAUUUGGGUCUGACCCGGAAGGAUUUCAGCGUCGUCAUGUCCAGCCGUCGCAAAACCGCUUCUUUCUUCCUGGGCCCGGCCCGCUUUGCCAACCACGACUGCGACGCCAAUGGCCGUCUCGUGACUCGAGGCACCGAGGGCAUGGCUAUUAUGACCACACGCGAGAUCCACGAGGGCGAAGAGAUCACCGUCUCCUACGGCGAAGACUACUUUGGUAUUGAUAACUGUGAAUGCCUUUGCCUAACCUGUGAGCGCAUGGUCCGCAACGGCUGGGCGCAUCAUGCCGACUCCGAUGCGACCAGCAAGGAGUCGACCCCCGUGUCUGUCGACGAAGCGGGCCCCGAAGAAAAUCACUCCCCAAGAAAGAAGCGCAGGCGAGACUCUGAUGUGGAUUCAGAAGAUCUGCCUUCCAUCUGUUCAACCCCGCGCAAACGCGCCAAAUUCUCGCGCCAGACUUCUAAACUGCGAGAGGAGAUCUCGCUCUCCGAACUACCAGUGGACUCUACUGCGACCCCAGAAACCGACACCCCGCUCACCCCUGGCCCUGAAAUCGAUAUCCAUCAAAUACCUUCUGCCAUUGCGGUCGGUCGACCGGUUUCGGGUCUUCGACAAGAAGUGGUUGUCUCCGAUGUGGUGGAAUCCACCCCCGAAGCCCCGUCGACAGAUGCUUUGCUCUCAUCCAUGGAGGGCCCCGAGUUGUCGGAUUUGAAGAACCCUGACCUCGCGGGCGCUGUCAAGGCAGCUCUCGCUCCCAUACACCCCAGUGAGACUACCAGCACACAGCCUCCUGCACUACCAGGGCGUGAAUCAUCUAGCUCUGUCACUGGCGAAUCCCAUCGGUCAUCGACCUCCAGCCAGCCCACCUCAGUGGACGAUCUCACCAAGGUCGAGGGACCAGUCCUCCUUGAGACUAUAAAGACCGAGGUCGAACUUAUCCCAGAGAUCAACGAGCCCGAUCAUCUCACAGUCCGAACGCCCGGCGACUACACCCGAACACCAAAACUGCUAGGACAAAAAUACGACCGCUGGGUCGAAUGCCAAACAUGCGAUUCGUGGUUCGUCCAAUGUAACUCCUACCAAACCCGUCGCGAAUGUCCUCGCUGUGAGCGCCACUCCAAACUUUACGGAUACCAGUGGCCACAGACAGACAAAGGACCCGAUGGCGAAGAGCGUGUCAUGGACCACCGCACCAUCCACCGCUUCCUCUCGAACGAGGAGGCGAGUACAGCCCGAAAAGACCAGCGUCGUGGUCUUAGUUUCGGCAUCACGCCUACACCCGAGCUCUCGGAUCGCACUGAGACGGAAAAUAAUGACCCGCCUGGUUCGGGGUCUGGUUCUCGUCGUAGUAUGAGGGCUAGUCGUCACCGAACUCGGGAACUUCGCAUGACUAUGUGA